AUGGCUCUAUCAAGGCUGGUCCUUUUCACAUCGCUCCUCGCCGCCUAUACUUCGGCUAUCCCCCUGGUAAAACGCGCCACCGAUGUGGUUCAAGGGAAACUUGGGAGUGACGGGUUCUGGAAUGACUACGACGGUGGUCAGAACAGUUAUACACAGUACACGGGUAACGGCUCGAUAGCGUCAGGAUGGCCGUCGAGUUUGUCGUGGAUCUCAUUCAAUGACAUGUGGGUGGCCAACCAGAAGAUCAUAACUCGGAGUUGCAACAACCUCUACAAGCAACCCAACAACUCGGACCGAGAAAUCCAAGACCUCUACAACGCAAUCAAACAGGUAUCACAACAGACGCGGGUAGACCACCGCUUUAUUCUGGCAGCGGUGAUGCAGGAAACGGGAGGUUGUGUGCGUGCUAAGACGACAGUGUCACCCGACGGCACCGUGAGGAACCCAGGACUUUUGCAGUCCUUCAGGGGGACCCACUCCUGCAACGACGACGGCAAAGUGCAGAAUCCAUGCCCGAAGGAUCAGAUUCUGGGCAUGAUUCAGGAUGGAGGUGAGAUGCGAAUCCCCAAGUCUCCCAUUUUCGUCGUUGGGCGAGCAAAUGUUUUGGCUAACACUUCUUCAUUUACAGUGGCUGGCACGGCUAGCGGCCACGGUUACGCAAGCGACAUCAAUGCCCAGGCUGACAUUGCCGGUAUCGACUACGCGGAGGCAUACUAUCGCGGAGCACGACUGUACAACUCUGGCAUUAUUGACGAUUCGGGUGAUCUGGGCAAGGGCCCAGCCACGCAUUGCUACGCCAGCGACAUCGCCAAUCGGCUGACAGGCUGGACGGACGCCCCGUCCACAUGUACAUUGGAUUCCAGCAGUUAA